AUGCCCUCUAAACUGAAUUCCGCUAACUCUAAACGUGUUAUCAGACACGAAGCCGGCGUUAAGUCGGCCCGUUAUGCGGAGACCGGACAAAAGGCAUUGUUUAUGUACGCAAUCAGCCCAAUAACGAUUUCCACAAACGCGCGCCGGGGAAACGCGCGAUUCGUCGCGCGUGCGUCCCGACCGCCGCGCCGCGCCAUUUGCAAACCGACCAUUUCUAAUGUCCAUCGGCGGCGUGCAGCGGCCGCGGCGCCGCCGGCGCGCCCGAUUCGUCCGGUUAGGCGG